GACCCUCAAAAGUCAUGUUCAACUCAUUUGGUUAGUUUCAUGGUUGUUGCCUUCUCGGAAACUGUAGUUUUUUAGAUCUCACUGAAGUUCGCCGCCGACACCUUUGAGAUCUUUGGAUUCAAUAUUUUCUUGUUGUGUAAUAUCUUGGGGACUUUUGAAAGUGUCCAAAGAUGCCUAGCACUGCGGAUGUGUCUCAAAAUGGAAAUGCAAGACAUGUCGAAGCUGCUCCAUCCUUGUUUGAAAUCGAGGAUGAUUUGUCUAGGUUGCUGGAAAGACCAAGGCAUGUUAAUAUAGAAAGGAAGAGGUCGUUUGAUGAAAGAUCUUUCAGCGAAAUGUCGAUGACUCAUUCACCGCCACGCCAGCCAUACAAAAAUUCGGAGAACUCUUCUCGUGUUUUUGACAAUAUGGUUGGAGUGUAUUCACCAGGAAGGUGGUCUGGCAUACACACACCUAGAUCAACGUUUGGCUUUGAGCCGCAUCCUAUAAUAGGUGAAGCUUGGGAAGCUUUGAGGCGUUCUAUUGUUAAUUUCCGCGAUCAACCUGUGGGAACUAUUGCUGCUAUAGAUAAUUCUGCUGAGGAACUUAACUAUGAUCAGGUUUUUGUCAGAGAUUUUGUCCCUAGCGCUUUGGCAUUCUUGAUGAAUGGUGAACCUGAAAUAGUAAAAAACUUUCUUUUGAAAACCUUGCGCCUCCAAUCUCGGGAGAAGAAGAUAGACCAGUUCAAGCUAGGUGCUGGAGUCAUGCCUGCAAGUUUUAAAGUACUUCACGACCCUGUUAGGAACUAUGAGACUAUAACUGCAGAUUUUGGUGAAAGUGCUAUCGGUAGAGUUGCUCCUGUGGAUUCAGGCUUCUGGUGGAUUAUACUACUUCGUGCCUACACAAAGUCUACAGGGGACACUUCUUUGGCUGAGAUGCCUGAAUGCCAAAGGGGUAUAAGGUUGAUUCUUGAAUUAUGUCUUUCAGAAGGUUUUGAUACAUUCCCAACCCUGCUGUGCGCUGAUGGAUGCUCUAUGAUUGAUCGCAGAAUGGGUGUUUAUGGUUAUCCUAUUGAAAUACAAGCGCUUUUCUUUAUGGCCUUAAGAUGCGCCUUGCUUCUCCUUAAACCCGACGAAGAAGGCAGAGAGUGUUGUGAUGCAAUAAUCAAACGCCUUCAUGCUUUAAGCUUUCACAUGAGAAGUUACUUUUGGUUGGACAUAAAGCAGCUGAAUGAUAUAUACCGUUACAAAACUGAAGAGUACUCGCACACUGCAGUAAACAAGUUUAAUGUGAUGCCAGAUUCCCUCCCGGAGUGGGUUUUUGAUUUCAUGCCAAGUCGUGGUGGUUACUUCAUCGGAAAUGUUAGUCCUGCUCACAUGGAUUUUCGUUGGUUUUGUUUGGGUAACUGUAUUGCAAUUUUGUCAUCUUUGGCUACACCUGAGCAAGCUUCGGCCAUAAUGGAUCUCGUUGAAUCAAGAUGGCAAGAGCUAGUAGGAGAAAUGCCGUUAAAAAUCUGUUAUCCCGCUAUGGAAGGUCAUGAAUGGAGGAUUGUAACAGGAUGCGAUCCUAAAAACACUAGUUGGAGUUAUCAUAACGGUGGAACUUGGCCAGUUCUUCUAUGGCUCCUUACUGCAGCAGCUAUCAAGACUGGUAGACCCCAAAUAGCACGACGGGCCAUUGAACUAGCUGAAUCGCGAUUGCUAAAAGAUAGCUGGCCGGAAUAUUAUGAUGGCAAGCUUGGUCGAUUUAUCGGAAAACAGGCUCGUAAGUUCCAGACAUGGUCGAUUGCCGGUUACUUGGUAGCUAGAAUGAUGUUGGAAGAUCCAUCUCAUUUGGGUAUGAUAGCACUUGAAGAAGAUAAACAGAUGAAGCCUACCAUGAAAAGAUCUGCUUCUUGGACGUGUUAAUAUCCUUGUAUACAAUUUCUCUACCAAACAAACAUGUUUUUUUUCUUGGAAUUCUUAAUCAUUCUCUUUUAGUUUGUCUAAAAAAUAUCGAAUUUUCUUUGAAUUGACCACGAUAUUGUACACAUUACUCUGUUUUUUUUCUUUCCGGUUAAUCUGGUUUUUUUUCUAAGGAUGUCCA